AAGAGAGGCAGAAAGAAAAGAGAGAGCCGAGCCGCAGCCGUUGUCACUGCGUGAGUGCUCCAUCCAACCAAUCCCUCCACGACCAAAUCGCUGAUGCCAUGGAACUCCAAAGGCCUCAUUCUCUUCUCUCCACGUGCCAUUUUCUCAUUGGCCCUUCACAUUUCUUCCUAACACCACUCCCUCUCCUCCUCCUUUUCCUAUCUUUUCCUCGCCUUUUCUUCUUUUUUUCUCUAUCUCCGACUUUCAUACCUCGUCGGAACAGAUUCUCGGAAUAUCUUCAUCGGAACGCCUCUUUACCUCUCGGACGGCGCCAAAAGAAUAAAGAAAAGGAAGAGACGAAAGGAGCUAUCCUUGGGUUUUUGGUACUGAGUUCUCUGAUAGCUUAAACGACGACGGUUUCCUUUUCUAUAAACUUCACGCAAGAGGAGGCUUCCAGCUUAAGCGAAAUUCUGACAAGUCCUGAAAAAAUAAGAGAAGGAAACCGACUUCAUUUUUCAAUUAUAGUCUGGAUUAAUCAGCCAGAAAUUUAUAGCGAAAGCAAAGCUCUAUAUCAAAACGAAUCAAUUUUUUGGUCUGAUGAGUAAAUGCUGAUUAUUAGUUCACCUUGCGGAAUUUAGGAUUAUGAUUUUGAUUGUGGAAAUAUAGAGAGAUAAUAAAAGAGGAAGAGACUGGAAAGAAAUGAGGAAUUCGGGAAUAAUUUGAGGCUGCUAAGUUUGCAACAUGAGUGGCGGCGGCGGCGGCAGCGGCUGCAGUGACAAGAACAGAGGACGAGAAGCAGAAAAUGAGCAGCAGCAGCCUGUUUUACGGAGUUCCGUCGAGGUAGAACCGGCGGCAGUCACUCAAAAUGGUUCUAUAACGGCGCCUCAACUGUCGAUUGAUGAAAGUCUGCUCGUUGACCCCAAAUUAUUGUUUAUCGGCUCCAAAAUUGGCGAGGGAGCCCAUGGAAAGGUUUAUGAAGGAAGGUAUGGUGAUCGGAUUGUUGCCGUCAAAGUGCUUAAUCGAGGGACCACUUCAGAAGAAAGAGCUGCCCUGGAAAAUCGUUUUGCCCGUGAAGUUAACAUGAUGUCUCGAGUAAAACAUGAAAAUCUUGUCAAGUUUAUUGGAGCUUGUAAAGAUCCACUGAUGGUGAUAGUAACUGAGCUAUUACCUGGGAUGUCACUCCGCAAGUAUUUGAUUAGCAUUCGUCCAAAACUAUUAGAGCUUCGUGUAGCUUUAAAUUUUGCCCUUGACAUUGCUCGAGCCAUGGACUGUCUGCAUGCAAAUGGGAUUAUACACAGAGAUCUCAAACCAGAUAAUUUGUUGCUUACCACGAAUCAGAAGUCUGUGAAGCUUGCAGAUUUUGGUCUUGCAAGAGAAGAAUCUGUCACUGAAAUGAUGACUGCUGAAACUGGGACUUACCGUUGGAUGGCUCCUGAGUUGUAUAGUACUGUGACAUUGCGGCAGGGUGAGAAGAAGCAUUACAAUAACAAGGUUGAUGUCUACAGUUUUGGAAUCGUCUUAUGGGAGUUGCUGACCAACCGCAUGCCAUUUGAAGGCAUGUCAAAUUUGCAGGCUGCUUACGCAGCUGCUUUUAAGAUGGUGGAGUACUUUAAUGAAAAGGCUAAUAUAUCUAGAGGUUUUCCCCUUGGUAGCUUCAAUUCUGCAUUUAGCUUUACUGGUUCAAAGCAUAUUGAUGCUGCAGCAACAAAGACCCUCUCAAUGGAUGGAUUUUAUCUUCCACUUGCAAGUGUGCAACUUAUGAAAUCCCCAUUAGUGUUGCAGGAAAAUGUUAAACGGGCUGUACCAAAUUGUUGGGACCCUUCAUCCUUGGCAAGCUUCAUUGAAAAUUUUGGAACACAUGUUAUAACUUCAGUGACUAUUGGUGGUAAGGAUAUGAUAUAUGUUAAACAACAUCAGUCGUCCCCUUUGUCAACCAUGGAGAUUAAAAACUAUGUUCACGAUAUUGGAAAUCAGAGGUUCUUUGACACAGAGUGUCAUACAAGUUCAGGUCCUAGGAAAAUCAAGGACAAGGGUGGUGACUCUGGCAUAUUUAACAGCCAAGGAAUAUAUCCACAACCCACAAGUGCUCCAUAUCUUACUGGGAAAGAAGAUGUAACAGUCAUUUUUCGGAGGAGGGGAGGAGAUGAUUUGGAACAAAAUCACACCCGCUGGGAAAGAACUGUGAAAUGUUCUCCGGAUGUCAUUGAGAUGACUUUUGUUCCUAUAACAGAUCUCAUUAAUGGAGCACCUGGAAAAGAGCAUCUGACUCGUGCAGUUGGUCUAUACCUUGAAUACAAGCCCCCGAUUGAAGAGCUGAGAUAUUUUCUGGAGUUUCAGAUUCCUCGUAUAUGGGCUCCUGUACAGGAAAAUAUUGUGGGCCACCAAAGAAAGGAACCUGUUUGCCCAUCUCUGCAAUUCAGUAUGAUGGGACCAAAUCUUUAUGUAAGCCAGGAGCAGAUAUCAGUUGGACGUAAGCCUGCUACAGGCAUGCGAUUAUCUCUUGAAGGAGCUAAGCAGAAUCGGCUAAGUAUCCAUAUUCAACACUUAGCAUCCCUUCCUAAAAUCCUUCUUCCGUACUGGGACACCCAUGUUUCAAUUGGUGCACCCAAGUGGCAGGGACCUGAGGAGCAGGAUAGUCGAUGGUUUGAGCCAGUUAAAUGGAAGAAAUUCUCUCAUGUAAGCACUGCACCAAUUGAGAACCCUGAAAGCUUUAUAGGUGAUCUCUCUGGCGUAUGCAUAGUCACAGGAGCUCAGCUUGGAGUGUGGGAUUUUGGGUCAAGAAACGUCUUAUACAUGAAACUUCUGUAUUCCAGACUACCUGGCUGCAACAUACGAAGAUCUCUAUGGGAUCAUGCCCCAAAUGAGAAGUCAAAGAAAGUACCUUCUGUAAAUAAUAACAACUCUGGUGACUCAAAUUCAGGUUCAAUAGAAAACACUGUGGGCAAGAAGUUGGCAAAGUUUGUUGAUAUGUCUGAGAUGAGCAAGGGGCCACAAGAUCCUCCAGGCCAUUGGUUGGUUACUGGAGGAAAGCUUGGUGUGGAGAAAGGUAAAAUUGUUUUGAGAGUGAAAUAUUCGUUGCUGAAUUACUGAGCUCACAAUUGUGGUUUGCAUCAUGAUGCGCAAUGUUAUGUUGUAGAGGCUAUGCUUUUGAUGCAUAUGGAUUCAUGUUAUCGUCCAUCCACAUAAACCACUAAUACUAUUGAGAGCUGACUUGGAAGGAUGUGUAAGUAGGUGUUUUUUUGGUGUGAGGUUUCUCCCAAUUUCAGAGGCCAAUUCUGUUUUCUUGGUUAUCUGUGAAUUUUGUAGAGAAGUUUAAUUUAUCGUUGUUAAGUAAUGAAAGAAUUUAUAGUUUGCCUCUCACUGUGAUUGUUGAUAUAUUUAUAGUACAGAGAAUUCUUUUGUUGAGACA